UUUCCAUCAGAUCAUUUUGGUCGCCGCCGGCCAAGGCCUUUUUCACCCCCUAUCAAUCAUAUAGUAUAUCUGUUCUGAUUUGUUUUCAAUUUCCCUUUUCUCUCACAGUCACAGCUUUUUAAAAUUCCACAGAAAAAGGGGGAGGACCUUUCUUCUUCAAUUUGUUCUCCGGUGAAAUUUGACCUUAGUUGACUUGAGGGUCAAGUACUGAUCUAGGCUUGAUGGAUGACACGGAGUUUAUUGUGGAGGCUCUUCGCGAGUAUUUAAGGCUAGCUGCUUACUUGGUCUCAGAUAUCCCUAUCUAUUGGUUUUGGCUCUGCGUUACUGCCAACACCAAAUGGAUGAUUGAUCAUUGGUUCAUCAAUGGUGAAGUUAAGGAGUUGUUUAAAUGUUUGCUCAUUUACGCCGUACUGUCUUUGCGGUUCAUAGAAAGACCCGACAGGAACACCACCACCGGGCGCCCGAUGGGUAAGCUAAACCGAACUGACAAUGAGAUUGCUAAAGGGGCUAAUGGCACUGUUGUGUAUGAGGGCACUUAUGAAUAUGAGUUUGAUGGCCGAAUUGAAAUUCAAGAAGUUGCUGUUAAGCGUCUUGUCAAGGCUCACACUUCCACCGACUAUAAGGAAGUCCGGAACCUCAUCGCAACUGAUGGCCAUCCUUAUACCGCCCGGUUCUUUGGAGUGCAAGAAGAUGACGACUUCGUGUAUAUUAUUCUGGAGCGUUGUAUCUGCAACUUAUAUGACCUUGUUCACAUGUUUUCAGGCAAGAAUUCGGGUGCCCAAGAUAGCAACUACAUAGUCCGUAUGGGUAAAGUGAAAAAUGCGAUUCAGGGCACUAAGUUAUGGGAAGGUAAUAACAAUGAGACUCCUUCUCAUACUUUAAUAAAAUUGAUGAGGGAUAUGGCUGUUGGACUUGCGCAUUUACAUUUAAUCGGAAUGGUUCAUCGGGACCUGAAGCCCGAAAACAUGUUGAUCAUUAACAAACCUGGUUUAUGCCUGAAGCUGUCGGACAUGGGACUCAGCAAACGUCUGCCCCCGGGUAUGGUUUCUUUGGGUCCGCUUGCCACAGGUUUUGGGACUCCGGGAUGGCAACCUCAAGAAGUGCUGUGCGGUGGAAGUCAAACAAUGGCAGUGGAUUUAUUCAGUUUAGGUUGUGUCUACUAUUUCUGUAUCACUGCUGGCGAGCUCCCUUUUGGGGACACUCACGCUGAACGCGAUCACAACAUUCGAAGUGCCAACGAGGCUGAUCUUUCGUCAUUGGAUAAACAACCUGAAGCUAAAGAACUCAUCUCCUGCCUGUUGAACCAUGUUCCAACACACAGACCUACUGCUGAAGUGGUUCUUGCUCAUCCACUUUUUUGGGAUGACGGAAAUCGGUUAGCAUUUCUUGGUGAAACAAAAGUAAAGCUAGAUGGAGAGCCACGAAAUUCCCAGCUUUUCAUUGACUUAAACAGUAGAUUAACCUCAAGCAUAGUUCUCAACGGCAGAAGAGAGUGGAUCGACGCGUUGGACUCUGAUCUUCGGACUCUUGUUUGGAAGGAAAACCUUGGCCGAAUAAAUUACAAAUUCAAAAGUGUCACAGACUUGGUGAGGCUCAUACGCAAUAAGUAUGUUCAUUUUGAUGACUUCCCUGAUGACAUUAAAAAGUUGUUGGGCUCAACCACUCCUCCCCAAGGAAAUCAAGGGAAAUUGGAAGUAAACCCGGAAGCGUAUUACAACUAUUUUGCAAGCCUGUUCCCAAACCUAUUGAUUGAAGUUUACAAAGUGAUGAAGCGGCACUGUGAAAACGAUAAGAACUUUGCUCGCUUCUUCAAGAAAUUAAGUACUAGUAUCUAACUAGUGACUAGUGAGAGGCUUGUUAGAAUUCAUGUUCACUGGUGGAAUUAUUGCACCAACUAUUUCUUGUUUGUUGGUUGUUUAUCUCUCUCUAAAAAAAGCUUGAAUGUACU